AUGAUUCGUCGUCGUCUUCUGCGAUUAACCACCCAAUCCAGCGACAGGCUUUUCCUUCGUACUCCAAUGUCCCGAAUCUCCCCUCGAAACUCAAACUCCUCUGCGGGAUCAUCGCCACAACCCCGUCGCCUUCCAUAG